AUGACAGUUUUCUUGACCCAUUUGGCACCGAGUGAAGCCGUCAACUGUUACCAGUGCACGCCAGCAAACAGUGGCUGUGGUGACGAUCCGUUCGACGCAUCCAACCACCAGGACUGGCUGAAGCCGUGCCCAGGCGUCAAAACCUGCUUGAAAACCUACAAUGACGACAAUUUGGUGUCAUCACGAGCUUGCAACACCCGAGACGAGUGUUUGGGUGAGGAAUAUCUCCUAUGUAACGCUACAAACUACUGCGUCUUCCAGCAGUGCUGUUACGGGGAUGGCUGCAACUCAGCCCCGGUCGCCAUCCCCUUCAGUGUCCUGCUGACCGCGUUCAUGGUACCAGCCAUCUGGGUUUUCAUCAAAUAAUCAUCAACACUCUGAAAAUUAAAUGAUCUUAUAACCUCGGGCAAGUCCACACAACGUCUCUGCUACCUGCUUUAUGUGGACCUCUUUGUUCCGAAGUCCACACAGUGAAUGUAAUGCCGGUACACCCUUAACUUAAGGGUGCAUUGUUUUUUUUUAAUGAAGCCAUCCACACUAAAAAUUAUAUGUUGUUUGUGCUCCAAUGUAAACUGAUUCAUAGUCGAUUUGAAUAAGUCUUUUAUUUGGCACAUGAAACCCAUAAUA